GCCCUCCACAGCCUCUCCCCUCCCUGCGGCACCCUCUCUCCUUUGAGGGGUUCAGCCCCUCCCCUGGCCCCUGGAGAAAUCUAGGGUGAUUUGGGGGCUCCCUGGAGGCUCCACCCAGCUCAUCCAUCAUCCGAGCCCUGCCUCUGGGACCCUUGCAGGCUGGGACACCUUGGCCAGACCCCUGAGACGGACAUGUUCACGGCCCAAGGGAAUGCUGGCUGCUCCCUGGGAGGGUACUAGUGCUCCCAAGCCAAGCUGGGCCGAGUGGCGGGCCCAGUCCCAACGCCAGCGCGUCCCGGGCUGUCGGAAGCUGCAAGCUGACAUCCGUCCAAAUUUCCACACAGCCUCCGCCCCCUCGGAGAUCAGCUUUCCUUCCUUCGUGUGGUGGCAGCACCUUGAGGGAGCAUCGUCUGCGUGUGACCAGCAGCCCCCUUGCCCGGGCACCAGACACACCCCUGGGACCCCUGGCCCUGCAGGGGCCAAGGCAUGGCCCCGUGAAGCCUCAGUUUGCACCGCUGUCCCCGCCUCUGCCCUGGACCUCGGAGGUUCCCAGAGCCCAGCAUGGGACGGGAGCAGGACUUGAUCCUUGCCGUCAAGAACGGGGACGUGACUGGCGUGCAGAAGCUGGUGGCCAAGGUCAAGGCUGCAAAGACCAAGCUCCUGGGCUCCACCAAGAGACUCAAUGUCAACUACCAAGAUGCCGACGGCUUCUCUGCACUUCACCAUGCCGCCUUGGGGGGCAGCCUGGAGCUCAUAGCCUUGCUGCUGGAGGCACAGGCCACCGUGGACAUCAAGGACAGCAAUGGCAUGCGCCCACUGCACUAUGCAGCCUGGCAGGGCCGGCUCGAGCCUGUGAGGCUGCUCCUGCGGGCCUCUGCAGCAGUCAACACUGCCUCGCUGGAUGGACAGAUCCCGCUGCACCUGGCUGCGCAGUAUGGACACUAUGAAGUGUCAGAGACGCUCCUACAGCACCAAUCCAACCCGUGCCUGGUCAACAAAGCCAAGAAGACGCCCCUGGACCUGGCCUGUGAGUUCGGGAGGCUCAAGGUGGCUCAGCUGCUCCUGAACAGCCACCUGUGCGUGGCGCUGCUGGAGGGUGAGGCCAAGGACCCAUGUGACCCCAAUUACACCACGCCCCUGCACCUGGCUGCCAAGAAUGGCCACCGAGAGGUCAUCAGGCAGCUCCUGAGGGCUGGGAUUGAGAUCAACCGCCAGACCAAGGCGGGCACUGCACUCCACGAGGCAGCACUCUAUGGCAAGACGGAGGUGGUGCGGCUGCUUCUAGAGGGCGGGGUGGACGUGAAUAUCCGGAAUACGUACAACCAGACUGCUCUGGACAUUGUCAACCAAUUCACCACCUCACAGGCCAGCCGGGAAAUCAAGCAGCUACUUCGGGAGGCCUCUGGGGUCCUGAAGGUGCGCGCUCUGAAGGAUUUCUGGAACCUGCAUGAUCCCACCGCCCUCAAUGUCCGGGCUGGGGACGUCAUCACGGUGCUAGAGCAGCAUCCAGACGGCCGCUGGAAGGGCCACAUCCACGAGAGUCCCAGGGGCACCGACCGCGUGGGCUAUUUCCCCCCGGCCAUCGUGGAGGUGCUCAGCAAGCGGGUGGCCGUGCCUGCCCCCCGCCUCCCCUCUGUCCCUGCCCCCCUGUGCCCCGGCCUCCCCAGGACACCGCAGCCCCCUGCAGACGACCCGCUGCACCCUCUCUCCUGCAGUCAGCUCCCUCGAGGGGGCCUCGGCCCCGACAGUCCAGCAGGUGACAGGAACAGUGUGGGCAGUGAGGGCAGCGUGGGCAGCAUCCGGAGUGCCGGCAGUGGGCAGAGCUCUGAGGGCACCAAUGGGCACAGCACGGCCCUCCUCAUUGAAAACGCCCAGCCACUGCUCUCCGCCGGCGAGGACCACCUGCCACCUGGCUUGUACCCCCAGCCCCUGGCAGACAACCCGAGCCCCCACCCGCUGGCCCCCUACCGCUCUGGGGAGCAGAUCUUCACUCGAGACGUGAGGCCGGAGAAGCUGCUAGAGGGCAAGGAUGCUCGGGCCAUUCACAACUGGCUGAGUGAGUUCCAGCUGGAGAGCUACACGGCCCACUUCCUGCAGGCUGGCUACGACGUGCCCACCAUCAGCCGCAUGACGCCUGAGGGGGAAGCCCCCGGCGAAGGUGGGCGCCGGCUGGCAAGGGGCCCGGAACUCAUGGCCAUCGAGGGCCUGGAGAACGGGGGUGGCCCGGCUGCCACCAGCCCACGCCUCCUCACCUUCCAGGGCAGCGAGCUGAGCCCAGCUCUCCAGGCCGCCAUGGCGGGGGGCAGCCCCGAGCCGCUGCCCCUGCCACCCACCCGCUCCCCCAGCCAGGAGAGCAUUGGGGCGCGCUCACGGGGGUCUGGUCACUCGCAGGAGCACCCAGCUCCCCAGUCCAACGGUGGAGACGCCAGCACCCCACAGGAGCGGAACCUUCCUGAAGGCACAGAGAAACCCACAAAGCUCUGCUCCCCACAUUCUGGGCCAGGGGCCCCCUCUUAUGUGUUUAUGUACCCCCAGAACACACCUUCCAGCCCAGCCUCAGGGCCGACUCCUGGAGCACCCCGAGCCUUCUCCUACUUGGCUGGCUCUCCGGUGGCACCCCCGGACCCACCUCGGCCCAAGCGCCGGUCUCACAGUCUAAGCCGGCCCGGCCCAGCGGAGGGGGAGGCCGAGGGGGAGGCUGAAGGGCCAGUGGGCAGUGCCCUGGGCAGCUACGCCACCCUCACUCGGCGACCAGGACGCAGUGCCCUACCCCGGACCAGUACCACCCCUACCCCCACUCGGGGGGCUCCCCGCAGCCAGUCCUUUGCUCUUCGGGCCCGCCGCAAGGGACCCCCACCUCCACCCCCCAAGCGCCUCAGCUCUGUCUCGGGGCCCACUCCUGAGCCAGCUCCACAGGACGGGAGCCCCGGGCCCAAGGAGGGGGCCACAGGGCCCCGAAGACGAACUCUGAGUGAGCCGGCUGGCCCAUUGGAGCCCCCUGGCCCCCCAGCCCCAACUGGCCCCGCGUCGGACACGGAAGAGGAGCCGGGGCCUGAGGCAACAACUCCAUCUCGGGGCAGCUCCGGGGAGGGGCUGCCGUUUGCCGAGGAGGGAAACCUGACCAUCAAACAGCGGCCAAAGCCAGCCGGGCCCCCGACUCGGGAGACUUCCCUGCCCCCCGGCCUAGAGUUCAACCUCACUGAGUCAGACACUGUGAAGCGGAGGCCCAAGUGCCGGGAGAGAGAGCCGCUGCAGACAGCGCUGCUGGCCUUUGGUGUGGCCAGUGCCGUGCCUAGUGCCCCAGCUCCCCGGAACCUGCAGCCCCCCAGUGAGGCACCCUCCCCAGCAUCACCCCCUUCUAGCCCAGACCAUAGCAGCCCUACAGCUCCAGCCCCACUCUCUCCCAGCCCCGUGACCCUGCCGGCCCCAGGGCUCCCCUGCCCCGGGCCAGUCCUGGAGCACCUGGCGGGCAGCCGUCUGAAUGGGGAGGUAGAGCCCCUAGCACCCCCCUCGGCCCUUGUCAAGGUGCCUGGAGCAGGAACAGCCCCCAAGCCCGUGUCUGUGGCCUGCACGCAGCUGGCGUUUUCUGGCCCAAAACUGGCUCCUCGGCUCAGCCCUCGACCCAUGCCCCCUCCAAGGCCGGAGAGCAGCGGGCCUCCGGGCACCGGCCGGGCCCAGCAGAGACUGGAGCAGACCAGCUCAUCUCUGGCGGCUGCGCUGAGGGCUGCUGAGAAGAGCAUUGGUGCUGAGGAGCGAGCAGGCGCCCCAGGCCUCUCCACCAAGCACAUCCUGGAUGACAUCAGCACCAUGUUCGAUGCGCUGGCCGACCAGCUGGACGCCAUGCUGGACUGAGCCGGCUGCCGCCACCUGUGGCAUGCACUGCCUGGACCCCAGCACACAAGGAGCUGCUGUCUGAGGGACAGGCAGAGGGCCACCUGAGCCAGCGGUGGCAGUUCUGCAGCUCUGACCUGUGGGAACUGGGCUAGAACCUGACCGGCUGAGGGGACACUUUGGGACACCCCAGCAAGCCCUUCCCCCCACAGCCCUGGAAAACAUGGGCUUCUCACCGAAGGGGCGUGGCCAGGGUACUGGGCGUCCCACUGAAAGGGCCUUGGGCUGCCCAGCCUCAGCCCUGGGGCAUACAAG